AGCCAAGUUGCCUUUCCACCCCGCUCGAUUCUUUUAAGAGGAAAAUUCCUUCCCCUGUUGGGGCAUCCCAACCGGGGAACACAAUUAGCCAAUCGCAUGAUGGGCUAGCCCGGCGUGUGCGUGCGCAGGGGUUCGCGUCGGGGGGAAGCUGUUCCAAGCGGUGCGAAGUAGCCCAUAUGUGAAUGUACACAUUUACAAACGCACAACUGUGGGGGCACACCUACGAGGGCGUUUUUACAGAAGCCCCCGCCCGGCGCGACUUCACCGCCGAGGAGCCCAUUCUUCAAGCUUAAAAAGGUGAUGAUUUGAAAAAUUGGCAAGUGGGGCGCAGCCACAUGGGAAGGAACAAACUGUGGAAGAGUAAAAGUUAAGAAAAAGAAAAAUAUAUUUUUUUUUUUUAUUUUCUCCUUGGUGGCCAACUGUACGUACACACCCCGUGUAUACACAUAUAUGCCGCUCCUCCACGAGGAAUACGCAUAUGUGUAGAGGCCGAGCGGACCCUCCCCCGAAAUAACAUGUGGGAAUACCCAUUUGGCCAACAGAUAAACGCGCGGGGGGAAGAAGACUACGCAAAGUGCAUCACCCCCGUGGACUUAAGGGACCACUACAAGAGCUACAAACACAGCAGUAGCAGCAAACAAGUGAAGCAGGUUGUCCGGAGAAAUGCCAAGCAGGUGCGCGACGUGGUCCUGACCAGUUGGCUGCCCCAGCGGAUGGACCCGCAUAUAAGCAGUAAAAAUGCCAAUUUUUAUUUGAACACCCCCAAAGGGGGAAGAAAUGCCAUUUUAUACGUCGACUUCGUGUACACCCAACUGAUAAGACACACGUAUGUGUUGUUGCAUUCGCUAAAUGUAAGCAAAAGGAAGGGAAAAAAAUUUAACUUUAGCAAAAUUUUUACAUACAAAUAUAAUUAUAAGCCGUGUGAGGAGCACCAAGUCGGCAAGUAUUUGGACCACUACAAUAUAAGCAGUGACCUUGCAGGAGGUGCGCACUUUUUUACAUAUUCCUGGGCAGGAAAAAAAAAAAAAAAAAAAAAAAGAGAAACAGGGAAAGAAAUAGGGGAAGAAACCGAAGCAGACGCAGAAACAGACGCAGAAACAGCGCAGCGGGGGAGCAAGGCCAACUUCAACAUGUGCAUUUAUUUACCAACGGAAAAGGAAGUGGACAUCUUAUUCAUCGUCCAAAAGCUGCACAAAUAUUUUCACUUCAAUUUGUACGUCCCAAUAACCACCGAGGAAAACAGCUUGUUUUUUUUCCCAUUCGAUUUACACAAUAAUUUGCUAGUCAAACACAGGUUUGGAAUCUUCGUGCCCUACUUAUACCUGCACCACUGUGCUGAAGGGGGGACAAACCGGGGCAGCAGUUUACACCUGAAUUUAAGUCCUUCCAAUUUGGUCACGGACACACUGUACGAUUUUUCCUUUACGGAAAGGGAAAAUAUUUUUUUCAUUCCUCUCCUUGCAUAUAAUAAUUAUGGUGCGCGGGUUGGCAGUGGAAAGGGUUACUACGAUAGAGCACUUAGGCAAGGGGGGGAGGAGGAGGAAAAAAAAAACGUCAAGGUUUCUCUCUCCUUGGAGGUUCUUCUGUACGAAAUUGACUUUUUGGAGCCCACGGACAUCCUUCUGGAUUAUGUAGUAAAUGAGAGGGGCGUCUACCACUUCGUCUCCUGA